GACGUAUUUUCAACAACCCCUUCGUUUUCUUUUCCCCGUUUGUCAAAAGGAGGCGAGAAGAUCGGUUGGGGCAACAUAACGUUAUAUUUCGGCUGCAGGAACCGUAACAUUGACAACAUCUAUGAGGCAGAACUUGAAACCUACAAGACAGAAAACGUGCUUCAGGACGUUCACUACGCUUUCUCGCGAGAACCCGGAACAAAAAAGACUUACGUGCAACAUAUGUUGGUGAAAAAUUCCAAAAUGGUUUCUGAUGCUAUUGUCCGAGAAGGUGGACAUUUCUACGUGUGUGGAGACGUACAGAUGGCUUCCGAUGUAUCCAACACGAUUGAAUUAAUACUUAGAGAAGAGGCACACAUGACAGCAGAGUGUGCGAAAAACUAUGUGCUCAAAUUGAGGGACGCCAAUCGAUUCCAUGAAGACAUAUUCGGUGUGACAGUUCAUCGGUCGACACCGACAAGUCACGUGCCAGACAAGUCAGCGAUACAAAGCAAUAGAAACUUUAGCAUACCGGAAGUGGAAGAGAAUCUCUGAAGAAUUAAACAGCAAACUGACCAAGAAAAAGAA